AUGUCCCGACAGAGCAGGGCCGUAUCGGAGGUUGAUAACGACGAUCUGCUCGCGAGCUUUGACGACGACGGAAACCCUAUCGACGACGUUGGUAUCGCAAGAAAAAACUGUUUGUCUUUCACUGUAGACUUGUCAUGCAGAAAAUGUAUCUCGCAAGUGUUUGUCUUGCUACAGCACAUGCACGACAGUGGGUUUUUCGCUGUGUAGUUUUGCCUGCGGAACCUUGCAUAGCUAAUUUUAUCUGUCAUGUAGAACACGCAAAACCUGCAAAGUCCUUACAGUGAAACACUUUUUUCGUACGAUAGUUGGUGGCGGCGGAAUGAUGGGCAACGCAAUGCAAAUGGGCCCACCGCCAGUCAUGCAACAGCAAAUGCAGCAGCAGCAAAGACCACCGGGACCAACAGGACCUGCAGCCGGGUUUGCUAGUCAAAAUAACAUGUCGGGGCAAUCUUCGGUAGGCGGAAGUCACUACAUCAAAUCGGCGGAAAGCCACGCGAGCCAGAGCAGCCACCAAAGCGGCCACGGUGGCCAGCAGGGCAGCCAAAUGAUGUAUAACAGCGGAAGGUCCAACCCGUCGUCACCGUCGAUGCGAAGCUCGAAAUACGGCGGACCAAGCGGGGGCGCGUACCAAUCAGGUAUUGCUUAACCAUUCCAUCGUUUAGUGGCAGUACUUACCUGGUCCAACACGGACCGUGUUUGUCAUGCCUGUUUUAUGAGUACUAUGCACGGUGCAGCUUUGCAGUUGCAAUUUCAUUUGCAAAUACAGAGUGAAAGACAUUCCGGAUUAAUAUCUCACUUUACUAUUCCAGACCACACCCGGCGUCCGGCCCAGGUCGC